AUGUCAGUGCUAAUUGAUUAUGAACGUAGCCCAGAUCAACCCACGCUGGACGUGGAAAGUAAUAUAUCUUUGGAAACAGAACCCGAAGAACCGGAAAAAAAGGCAUCGAGGAAGAAGAUGACACUCGUGACUAGGCAGCAAAAGCCACCAGAAGUUGUAGAGAAAAAAGAAGCGAAAGAAUCGGACGAAACUCAGUUGAAACUGUUGAGGGCAUCAGAACAAACUCAGCUAACACGGCAAGCAACAGUGAAGCCAGCAAAGGAAUCGGAGAAAACUCAACUUACACGGCAAGUAGCCGUGAAGCCAACAAAAGAAUCCGAUAAAACUCAGCUAACACGGCAAGCAGCGGUGAAACCAACGAAAUCAAAACCGAAAAGAAGCGAAGAUCAAAAAGAAGUGGAACGAACUCAGCAAAUAUCAGCGAAAUCAUUAAAAUCUCAACCAGAGCCCCUUGCCACAUCGACACCUAUUCGCCCGCCAAGGAAAGAUAAGACCGUGCAGACGCAGUCAGAUGAAGAGGAUGCUGAGCAAGAGCCAAAAGAACCAGCGCCAGAGUCGAUGCAGAAGCAAAAGCAUAAGAAGCAUAAGAAGGAAUCGAGCCUCAUAGCACAAGUGACGCAGAUCGAACACUCCACUUCUGGUACUGGAUCCAGUACGGGUAGCAAGAGUAAGAAAAUUUAG